GAGUGACGCACCGUGCGUCACUUCCAGCAGAUAUUCGACAUGGAGCCCUGCGGGUUGAAGCUGAACUUCUGGGAGAACGGACCAAAACCCGGACAGUUUUAUAACUUCCCCGGCGGCAGCAGCGGACCGGGCACAUCAUGCGGGCCGGUCAGACACACACUUAACCCGAUGGUAACCGGGACGUCGGUGCUCGGCGUGAAGUUCAACGGAGGCGUGGUCAUUGCGGCGGACAUGUUGGGCUCCUAUGGCUCUCUGGCUCGUUUCAGGAACAUUUCCCGUCUCAUGAAGGUGAACAACAACACCAUCCUCGGAGCGUCGGGAGACUAUGCCGACUACCAGUAUCUCAAACAGAUCAUCGAACAGAUGGUGAUCGAUGAGGAGCUGCUGGGAGAUGGUCACAGCUACAGUCCGAAGGCCGUCCACUCCUGGCUCACCAGAGUGAUGUACAACCGACGCAGCAGGAUGAAUCCUCUGUGGAACACGGUGGUCAUCGGAGGCUUCUACAACGGGGAGAGUUUCCUUGGUUACGUGGACAAACUGGGCGUGGCUUAUGAGGCUCCCACAGUGGCCACAGGCUUCGGAGCGUACCUGGCUCAGCCUCUGAUGAGGGAGGUGGUGGAGAACAAAGCGGAGAUCACCAAACAGGAAGCUCGUGACCUGGUGGACCGCUGCCUCAAAGUGCUGUACUACAGAGACGCUCGCUCCUACAACCGGCACGAGAUCGCCAUAGUAACAGAGGAAGGUGUGGAGAUCCUCGGUCCUUUGUCCUCUGAAACCAACUGGGACAUCGCUCACCUGGUCAGCGGGUUUGAAUGAAGACGAGCUUCAACCGUUUCUCUGCUGCAUCAAAACCAACUACUCACAUGGAAAUUAUCUUAUGCCCCAGUUUAGUUUCUUUCUGAUGUUCUCUGUCUCUUUUGUAUAAUGGAAAAUAAAUGCAAAAAAUGGAAA